AUGCGAAAAUUUUUUCUCCUUUUCAUCAGUUAUAUCCCCCCUGGGAGUACAUCAGCUGUCUACAAAAAACAUUUUGAUAAUAUUGACAGAAUUGCCACCUUGCCUGAAUAUAAUCAUUAUUAUAUAUGUGUUAUUGGUGAUUUUAACUUGCCAAACUUAAUUUGGUCUGAAAAUGAUGAAUGUAAACUUGUUCCUUUGUCCAUAAAUUCAGAUAUUGAAGUUAUAUUAUUGGAUUUAGUAUUUAUUUCUGAUGAUUUGAAUGUAAAUCUUUCUCAAACAAUUCCUUUAUUAAAUAAUUCUGAGCACCAUACUGCUAUAAAUUUUUAUAUAUCCAAUUAUAAUUAUGAAAAUUACAGUUUAUAUAAUGCUUCUAACUCACUUGAACGUAAAUUCAAUUCAAAUAACUUGAACAUGAUUAAUUCUCAUUUGAAUAAUAUAAACUGGAAAUCUGAAUUCCAGAACAAUAAUUUAUCUGCUAACUUUAUUAAAUUUAGGAACAUUCUGAGCGAUACUUUAAACAAUUUUGUGCCUUUGGUCCAUAAAAAGUUAAAUUCUAGCCCUAAGUGGUAUAAUUAUCGACUUAAGAAGCUUAAAAAUGCGAAAAAUCUUGCUCAUAAACGGUAUAAAAAAUCAGGUUCCCUGGUUGACUAUACAUUUUUUUGUCGUCUGAGGAAAGAAUUUGUAUUCCUAUCGAAAUUCCUUUAUUGCAACUAUGUACAGUCAAUCGAGUCAAAUUUGAAAACGAAUCCAAAACAGUUUUGGAAAUAUAUUAAUUCAAAGCGUAAAAGUGUAGGGUUUCCAUCAACAAUGCAUUUUAACACAAAUUCGUCUUCUGAACCAGUUGAAAUUGCCAACUUAUUUGCCGAGUACUUUCAAAGCAUUUACAAUUCCACAAGCACGGAUGGGGUUGACGACAAUUACUUGAAAUCACUUUCAUCAUUUAUUGAAUGCUACGAUUUUAAAAUUAAUAUUGAUGAUGUUUUUAAAUUAUUGAGCGAGCUUGAGCCCAAUUAUAAGCCUGAUAUUUUAGGUUUCUUUCCCAUUGUUUUGAGACACUGUGCUGAAAAUCUUUCAACUCCUUUGACGGAUUUGUUUAAUCAAUCUUUAUCCAGUGGCGUUUUUCUUGAUGAUUAG